UUUUGAAGGGAAAAGGAGAGCAGAGGCGAGUCACUGCGUUGUGGUGGGGGUACCGGGGUGACGGUGCGGGCAGUCCGACCAGGGCACGGCGGUUCGGGGCGGGAACAGCGGGCAGUGGUCUGCAGGAGGGCUCCGGCAAAAAUCUCCCAGCAGUGGGCCGGUAUAGGUGUGCGGCCUCUUGUCCCCACAGGCCCGGGGGGCUGCUGCCUUCAGCACGGAAAUGACAGCCAUGGUGAUCUAACAAUAAAGUUGGUAAAUAACGGAAUACUGUGUCUUCUUCGAUCUUGAAAAGAAGGGAUCACAGUAGAUUAGGUGCUUAUCGAAUAGAUGUGAGCUAGGUGUUAGGAAGACUUGGAGUGUAUUUGUGUAAGUAAGAAGGUUUCCCCCCAUGUGCGGUCUGAUGUUGCAUCAUUGAAGGGCAUGAAAUCAGGAAGUGAAAUUGAUCGUAUGGCACAGCCGAGGAGUAUCGACACUAUCUUGACCUGUAGCACACAUGGCAGAUAGAGAUGGAUGGUGAUAGCUCCACGACAGAUGCUUCUCAGUUAGGAAUUGCUGGGGAUUACAUUGGUGGCAGUCACUAUGUGAUACAGCCUCAUGAUGACACAGAGGAUAGCAUGAAUGAUCACGAAGAUACAAACGGCUCAAAAGAGAGUUUUAGAGAACAAGAUAUAUAUCUUCCAAUUGCAAAUGUGGCAAGGAUAAUGAAAAAUGCCAUACCCCAAACAGGAAAGAUUGCUAAGGAUGCAAAGGAAUGCGUGCAAGAGUGUGUAAGUGAAUUCAUCAGCUUUAUAACGUCAGAAGCAAGUGAGAGGUGUCACCAAGAGAAAAGAAAGACCAUCAAUGGAGAGGAUAUUCUCUUUGCCAUGUCAACCUUGGGGUUCGAUAGCUAUGUUGAACCUUUGAAGUUAUACCUCCAAAAAUUCAGAGAGGCAAUGAAAGGAGAAAAGGGAAUUGGCGGAACAGUUACAACUGGAGACAGUCUAAGUGAGGAGCUCACAGAGGAAGCAUUUACUAACCAGUUGCCAGCAGGUUUAAUAACUACAGAUGGCCAACAGCAGAAUGUUAUGGUCUACACAACAUCAUAUCAACAGAUCUCUGGUGUGCAACAAAUUCAGUUCUCAUGAUUUGAAGAUAACUUUGUAUCUGGGAACACAAGACGGAAAAGCUGUGCGACUCUAACGAAGAGGCAGUUUUAAUGACUGGUGAAGAGAUUUAUCUCUUUGUAUAUUAAAUAGCUGUAAUGUAGCUACCAGAAGCUUGACUAAUUGAGGUGUGAGUUCUGACUCAAAUCUUUUUCCAUGAUGAUUUUAAGGAAAAAAAAAAUUGGAUUUUAAAGGUAUUAAAAUAUUUUUGUUUUGUACAAGAGUUUGUUGCUCUGUAUAACUCCUGUAUGCAUUGUAUAUUGCAAUUUAUUACUGUCAGAGAUUUGUAGACAGUUUCUUAUUUUCAUAUUGAAUCAUGUUACUUUUGUAAUUCAGGUAAACAGCUGGGUUAAUUCAUGUUUACCCUUUGAAUAAACUUGUAAGGGGUAAAGUUCAUUUUCGAAUGCAAGUUGCCUUUAUUAUUAUAAAGAUUGAGUUGGUCUUGGUUAUGUAACGCUUGUCUUGCAUGACAACCUCAACUAACCUUACGUGUCAACAUAUUUAUUGGAAUUUUGAAAGGGAGCAGGCCAGAUGAAUUGCUACAACUGCAGUUUUUUUAACCUAACUUCAGAAUUAAAAGUUAAUCGAAACCAACCAGUGCUCUGCUACACUCGGAGACUUGGAGCUUAU